GCGUUAGCUAGUGAGCUAACAUGCCAACAGUUUGCCUUCCAGUCGGACACCUCCUCUUCAUAUGCAACAGUAUAAAUGAAUACAAUUUAUCCCUCCUGAAGUUACGAUUUUUAAUUUAUCUGCGCUUUUAAAAGAGGUAUUCUUUUAUGUUUGGUUUUGGCAGACAUGCUAACAUAAACGCUUAGAGUGUAGCAUGUCCGCUGUCACUUUCUAUCACUAUCAGUUAACUCUGAAGUAGAGCUUUCUGUUCUUCAGGAGAACAAACAAAAAAAUGUCUGCUACACAUAAGCUGCUUCACUUGGUGAAGUUCAGGUGUCUGUGGACCAAUGUGCGGAGAAAGGUUACCACCUGGUCGCCCGUUGGAGCUGCUUUUAAUGUCAAACCUCUCAAGAGGCUGGAGCUGUUUGAGAAAAACGUGGGUUUGUUUGGAGUGCCAGAGCUCAGCUGUCCUGCUGGCUUCCAGGUAGCUACACAAACAGCCCUGAGAAACACUGAGCUCCUGCUGCACAGAGUCUGCUGCAGCCCCCCAGGUCUGGAGACAGUUCAGUGUUUUGACCAGCUCUCUGAUGGGCUGUGCAAAGUGGCGGAUCUGGCAGACUUUAUAAAAGUGGCCCAUCCAGACCCAGCCUACCGCGAAGCUGCAGAGAAGACCUGCAUAGAGAUUGGCACAGUUGUAGAGAAGCUGAACACUAAUGUGGAGUUAUGCAAGAGCCUGAAAAAUUUACUGGACAACCCAAAAGCUGUGGCAGAGCUGGACCCCGACACAAAGCGAGUGGCAGAGUUAUUCAUGUUUGACUUUGAAAUUAGUGGAAUUCAUCUGGAUGAUAAACUGAGGAAAGAAGCUGUUGCUCUUCACGUUAAGCUCCUGGAUCUAAGCAACGAGUUUCUGAUUGGUUCCCACGUGCCCAACAGGAUUGCAAAGUCUGCGAUCCCCGAACAUCUGCAGGUCCACUUCGCAAGUGAGGGAAGCUUCAUUCAAAUUGGAGGAUUGCAUGCAGAUUCCCCUGAUGACUUGCCUGGCAGCCUGUCCAGGGUGUUCCCCUGCCUUCAGCCAAAUGCAUGCUGGGAUAGGCUCUGGCCCUUAUUGACCCUGUGCAGAAAGAGAACAGCAAAGGAUUUUCAGAUGAUGAGAGAAAUGAAGAAGAAGCUCAACCCUCGUAAUGCUGAGCUGAUGCCCUGGGAUCAUCCGUUCCUCAGCGGUGUCCUGCGUGCUGAAAGGUACAACAUUGAGCCAAGCCUGUACAGCCCGUACUUCUCUCUUGGUGCUUGCAUGGAGGGCUUGAACAACCUUUUCUCCCAGCUGUAUGGUGUCUCCCUCAUGUCGGAACAUCCAGGCGCUGGAGAAGUGUGGAGUGAAGACGUCCGCAAACUGGCUGUGGUGCAUGAAACUGAAGGGUUGUUGGGAUACAUCUACUGUGACUUUUUCCAACGACGAGAUAAGCCUCACCAGGACUGUCACUUUACCAUCCGGGGUGGACGCUGGUGCCAGGAAACGGACCAGUACCAGCUGCCAGUUGUGGUUCUGAUGCUGAGUCUCCCCCACCCUACGAAAAGCGCCCCCACUCUGCUCACUCCAGGCAUGAUGGAGAACCUCUUCCAUGAAAUGGGCCAUGCCAUGCACUCCAUGCUAGGCAGGACUCGCUACCAACACGUGACAGGGACCAGGUGUGCGACUGAUUUUGCUGAAGUCCCCUCCAUCCUCAUGGAGUACUUCGCCACAGACUACAGAGUCAUCAGCCAGUUUGCCCGUCAUUAUGAAACCGGACAGCCUCUGCCUGAAAGCAUGGUCACUCGUCUCUGUGAGUCCAAGAAGGUGUGCGGAGCGGCAGACACCCAGCUGCAGAUUUUCUAUGCAGCCUUGGACCAGAUCUACCACAGCCAACCGCAUAACCGUUCCACAACAGAAAUCCUUAAGGAGAUGCAGGAGAAGUUCUAUGGCUUGCCUUACAUACCCAACACGGCGUGGCAGCUGAGAUUCAGCCAUCUGAUUGGCUACGGGGCCAAGUACUACUCGUACCUCAUGUCUCGGGCCGUGGCCUCCAUGGUGUGGAAACAGUGCUUUGUUCAGGAUCCGUUAAACAGGUGA